AGGACAGCCAGAGGGCUCAGCAGGCCAAUGGAGAUGAUGGCCGGUACAAGUUAAGGGUGGCGCGGUCGGCCGGUGGACCAGAAGUCGAUGGGCUGCCAUGUUGCCAAAUACUGGGCCGCCGGCAGCUGUGCACCGCUUGUGGAUGAGACGGCCGAAGAGGAUUUGGAAGAGCGGUGGUGCUGCCGUUUCUUUUCGUUUCAUCGACACCAUACCAGAGAUAUGGAGGUGGUAAUUGAGCCAAGCUCUGAAUCGAGCCACCCAAGCCAUGUGGAUCCAAGGUCUCCUCCUGGACGUGAUGUCCACGUGGGCUUUCCAGUCAUAGAGGAGAGUCCAAAAUCCACAUCGUCGCGGUUCGACCCAGGAUCGCUUGGACCCUGGGAAAGUGCAGGUAGUGUGCAAAGCAGCGUGGUUCCAGCACCUUUGAGACGGUUGGCCGAAUGCGUUGCUGCAGCGUCAGGUCACAAGGGUGAGUUGGAGGUAGCAGGGAUGCCUCUGGAAGAUUUUUGGAGAAAGCUUUUGACCCUUGAAACCAAAGGUCCCAGAGGAGGAAGUGCCUUAGCGAGAGGAGAGAAGCUGCUUCGCUUCAGGCAGCGUUUUUCCUGGCCUUUGAGCAUUAGCGCGCACCAUGUAGACAAAGCGUUGCGCAGCGGUGCCAAUGUUUAUUUGCCUCCCAGAUGUUUAGGUGACUCACCGUUGGUGAUCUUCACUGCGCAGAAGGUCAACACGCGACUGUGCACCAUGGAGGAGUACCAGAUGCUAAUCAUGUUCAUGCUUGAAACAGCAUUCAAAGACAGCUGCCCUGACCAUGACCGUGGUGUUACUGUAGUUCUGGAUGUUCGACAUUUAUCCUCGGUCGUGUGGCAGGCGUUCCUCUCCGGCUUUAGCGACAUGGCCAGAGGCAUCGCUAUGUGCUCUGCAGCACUGCCCAUGAAGGCGUCCCACGUCCAGCUCAUCGAAGAUGAAGCUGUGGCCCGGAUUGCCCACUAUGCCAUUGGAUUAGUUCUGUCCAAGCUGAGCUCCAAGACGCGGUCAAGAGUUAUUCGAGGAGGUCCGGAUGCAGCUCUGCAAACUUUGGGUAAAGAGAUAUUGCCUGACUUCCUUGGAGGUCAGCGCAAUUCAGUCGGUGAGUUUUCGGGUUGGCUAGAGCAACUCGAACUAGCAGAUGCUUGUCAAAUUGCAGCCUCUGCUUGUGUCGGGUCAUCUGCGCUUUGACUACAUACGGAAGCUGCAAGAUGAAGGUUUGUUGCUCUACAAUAUCCCAAAGGCAGCAACUGGGCAAAAGCCACGUCAUUGGAGCUUCAGGUCCGUCAAUGCAAUCCAAGCAAUACCUACAAGAACAAGGAGAGACAAAAGGCGUGCUCAAGACCGUGUCCUGAAUCGAUCGUUGCGUGCCAGCUGAUGUAGCUGGAACUAGUCCAAAGCUGUUUCACUGCCUGUGACAAACAGUUUUUUGGAUGCCAGAGGACAAAUAAGGCUUCAGAACUCUGCGUCUUCAAUUGGAGGAGCGCAGGCAGCUGCAAAUGAUUCAUUGUGUCACCAUUGAGCAAGAGACUCAGUGAUUUUAGACCAGAAGGAAUUUUAGAAUAGCAAAUGCACGAGCCCAACUUGCCACAGAAUUCUUCCAACUGUGCAGACCAUGUACAGAGUUGCCGGACGCGUGGCAGAUUGACGUGCUUGGUUUGGUGGCGCUACUUGGCAAUGGUAAGGCAAAA